AUGUCUUCUUCUUCAUCAUCUCGUCGUUCAUCAACUUCUUCGACUAAUCCAAAAANUUUGAGAUUUAUUGCCAAGGCGAAAAGUAAUCGCCGUGCAUCAUCGUCACGUCCACCUUGUGGUUAUCUUAUAUUUGCAAGUGAAUCACGAAAACGUUUGAUACGGGAUAAUCCAGGUAUUCCAUUUGGUGAAAUGAGUCGAAUAAUUGGUGAUCAGUGGAGACGAUUAUCGCCACAUGAGCGUGAAAAAUAUGAAGAAAAAGCACGUGAACGUGCAAGAGAGCAAGAUACACAACAAGUAUCAAAUAAUCCUAUGACAUAUGAUUCGCCUAUUAAUCCACAACGAAUAAUUAAUGGUGGAGUAGCAAUAAAUGGAUAUUAUCCAAAUGUUUCAAAUGUUUAUCCAAUGAAUAAUGUUCUUCCUGUCGUUAUAAAACCGCCAGCAGCUGCAAUUGUCAAUUGUCCACCACGAAUACAAAGAGUCGUUCAUUCAGAAAUGUAUUCAAAGUAUAUUGAGCAUCUUAAAACUGAUUACCCAUUCAUAUCCGACUGGCCUAAACAAUUAAAAGCAUCUAUUGGUAAUAACGGAAAUAUACCAUCAAGAUCAUUACCAUCACAUUGGCUAAUAAAUAAUAGCCCCGGUUUUUAUAAUAAUGUUCAUGAAGCCCUAUGGUCAAUGCGUGAUAAUAUGUGGUCGGAUGUAGUUCGUGUACGAAAUGUACUUUCUGAUGAAUGGUAG